UGAGGGCAAGAGCACAAAACCGUCCCUGUGAAGGUCAAACACAACAACAACUCAAAAGUUGUUGAAUAAGACACAAAACUGAACGAUAGGAACAGAAAUAACCUCGAGAACAGCAACAAUGAUGAUGGAUACUGACGAAGACAUGAGGACCAUGAUCAAGCUCAAGGCUGCUGACAACAAUGAGGUCUUCGAAAUUUCAUUGAAAGCAGCACAGAUUUCCAACAUGAUCGUGAAUUCCUACGAGCAGAAUGACGAUGAUGACGAUGACGGCGCUAUCGAUGCGAAGCCCUUGGAAUUCCCAAAGAUCAGUGGCGGCUGCCUCAAAAAGGUUGUGGAAUUUAUGAAGUAUCACGAUGAAAAAGAAAAGUUUAAGGAUAUCCCGUUUCCCUUCCCCAACGAGUCCCUCCGAGGGGUAAGUAGUUUGGAUAAAGUGGAUUGGAUUUAGUUUAUCUUUCGCUAUUGAUAAUCCAUUGCAGUGCUGUCAUCUUCAAACCGCGUCUUUCGCUUUACUCAACUAUAUCUUUGAUGAUCGACCUUGUGCGAUUCUCCACGAACUACAAUAACAACAAAUUGUGAUUAUGCCCACGUCAAUCCCUUUGAUACAAUGUACCGUAUUGUCAUUCAACAUGUUUCAAUGCAAUGCCACCCCACAUAACACGACACAACGCACCACAGUUCUUAAAAGAAACACCAUGGUACAGUAACUUUGUCAGCAAAGAAAAUUUGGGAGAAGGUGAACUAGGGAAACGCAUGUUGUUUCAGCUCGUAACCGCCGCCGAUUAUUUGGAUAUCAAACCACUUUUGAACCUGACAACCUACAAGAUGUUCUCGGACAUGAAUGGAAAGUCAUUUAAAGAAAUGAGUGAUUAUCUAGGCUUGGAGUCAGAGACGGAGUCACCAGAUUCGUCAAUGGAUUCAGCACGUCAACGAAAACGAACUAGAACUGAAUCAUAAUACCGUAAGCAGUGUCGUCACCAGUAACGAUCCGGUCAUUUGAGAGCCAAUCGGUUGGAGGGUUAAUGUCGACUUUCGUUGUAAUCACGAACCAUUUGUCCGUCAAACCAAAAUAGUGGUGGGUGACCGUGAUACGUGUGGGAACUUUAGCGAUGUUGUCUGGUACCUGCCGCAAACAUAAGAUAUGCAAUGAAAUAAUGCUUGUAAACUCCA